AUGGGUGAAAGUCGGGGUCUCAAGUGUGUUGUUAUCGGUGCCGGGCCCGUGGGUGCCUUAGCGGCUCUCUAUGCUGCACGAAGAGGCUGGGAUGUGGAAGUCUACGAUCUGAGGCCAGACCUACGAGAUGCAUCCACCACGCCACUCAACUUCACAAAAUCAAUCAACUUGGCGCUAUCAGAACGUGGCAUCAAUGCAUUGCGAGCUUCUCAAUCGCCCGAGCUGUUGAAGUCAAUCCUAGCCGAGACGAUCCCUAUGCAUGGUCGCAUGAUCCACAGCCAGGACAAGAAGGGUGCAUUGACGGAAGCUUCUCAACAAUACGACAUCCAUGGCCAGUCGAUCAAAGCCGUGGAUCGAGGCAACCUCAACAGUCUUUUGCUGGAUGAGCUGGAGGGUCUACCCAAUGUCAAGCUACGAUUCUACCAUAAGCUCACCGGUAUUGACUUUCGGCGACGCUUGGCAUGGCUGGAACAAAAGGGUGCCUCCCGUAGGCAGAGCACAGUAGGGGACAGUCCAAAACUCAGCGAUAGUCCCAGGCCGAGCGGACGGCCAGGACGACCCGAUGAGAUUGAAAUCGACUUUGAUCUGAUCCUCGGCUGUGAUGGUGCUCAUAGCAGUGCGCGCUUCCACAUGAUGAAGUUCGCUCGGGUGGAUUUUGCCCAGACUUACAUUGACACACUGUGGUGUGAGUUCCAGAUUCCACCCGCGGCAGAGGGAACGAGCACUACGCCCUCGGCCAAGGAUGGUUUCGCCACCAGCCCGAACCAUCUUCACAUUUGGCCAGGCAGCGACAAGAUGUUCAUUGCGAUUCCCAGCGUGGACAAGUCUUUUACGUCCACCCUCUUCGCCCCAUACGAGGACUUUCUCGCCCUGGAAGACGAUCCUUCAAAAGUGGAGCUCUUCUUCAACCAGAACUUCCCAGGCGCAGCUGAUCUCAUCGGACCGGGGGAGAUUCGCAACCAGUUCAUGGCGAACCCUCAUCUACCGCUCAUGAGUAUCAAGUGCGCGCCACAUGUCUUCGAUUCCAGUGGUGUCAUACUGGGAGAUGCUGCGCAUGCCAUGGUUCCGUUCUAUGGACAAGGUAUGAACGCCGGUCUGGAAGAUGUUAGAGUUCUCUUCUCCCACCUUGACAGCCAACCUACCAGCCAUGAAGGCCGUGCCAAGGCGUUGGAGUCCUACAAUGCCGAGAGGAUUUCAGAUGCACAUUCCAUCAAUGAUCUCUCACUGGCCAACUACUGGGAGAUGCACGUUGGUGUCAACUCAACGAUUCAUCUGCUGCGCAAGAAGAUUGAGGAGUUUCUCUCGGACAAAUUCCCCAGCACAGGCUUUGCCACGCAAUACACUCGCGUCAGCUUCAGCAAUCAGCGGUACUCGGAGGUUGUCAAGGUUGUGGCCCGCCAAAAGCAGAUUCUGCUUCAAGGCAUGCUAGGGUCUGUGCUGCUGCCCGCAGCCGGUUUGGCCGUAUGGAUGGCAUCAAGGUGGCACCGUGGAGGGAGUGCACCAGAUCUUAUCAGCGGGGCGCGGUUUGCGCUCGAUCGUGUUGCGCGGGUCUUAAGGUGGUGA